AUGUACAGGCUGAAUUGCAGUUUUAAUAAACGGUUGGUUUAAAGUAAUGGAGCUUUGUUUUCAUAAAAAACUCACAAAUGAUUCAUUUAUGUGGUAGAACAUAGCAGUGCUCAAUAUCUUUAAUCAAAGUGAAGUUGUAGUAGUGUCAUAUAGGGAUGCACAAACCUGGUCUGGUUUAACUCCAGAUUUUUAUCCGCUCUACUGCAUACCUCUCAGCCUCUGCAGCCUUUCUCAAACUUAGCUUUCCUGUGAAGUUUGACACAAGAUGGCAAAAACUUGAUCAACUUCUUUAAGCAUUUAUUUUUGCAUUGCUGAUUUCUUUUCUUUUUUUUCCUUCUUACAGGAAAGAAGGAAAUUCGUAUCCGAUUACUUCAGAACAGCAGCUAUUCCUAGCCAGAUGGUGCUGCAUUUCUAGAUGUGGGAAGAAGGAAAACGGGGAGAGGAUGAAUGUCAAGAAUGACAUGCUUCUUCCAGGCCAUGCACAGGAAAUGGAUAUGCGGAGAGAUAUCUUCUGUGUUUAGAGGAGAAAGAUUUUUCUUGAACUUGUUAUCUGGAUUGUUGAGGAUUUUUCGACUAAGAAUUCAUUGGUCAGGAAGAAAAGCAGGCGCCCCUGCUCAUUAUACCAAUAAAACUAAAUGGGUCCAGUCACUGGAAUGACUCCAGAUAAGAAAGCUGAAACACCAGGAGCAGAAAGAGCUGCAGGAUUAAGACAGUUUCACAGAAUGGGAAGUUUGCCCGAAGCAGUUGAUGCUGGUAGGCCGAAGGCCACUGUAGUGGACAGCGAUUCGACAGAUGAUGAGCUCACAAAUUUGAACUGGCUGCAUGAAAGUACUAAUCUUCUAACAAACUUCAGUCUUGGAAGUGAGGGUCUUCCGAUUGUUAGCCCUUUAUAUGACAUUGAGGGUGAUAGCGUGCCAUCCUUCUCACCUUCUUGCUACCAGAAUCCAGAAAAAAAAUCAGCCACUUCCAAACCCCCUUACUCUUUCAGCCUUCUCAUUUAUAUGGCUAUUGAACAUUCUCCAAAUAAGAGCUUACCAGUCAAAGAAAUUUACAGCUGGAUUCUGGAGCGCUUCCCCUACUUUGCCACAGCACCUACAGGGUGGAAGAACUCUGUCCGACACAACCUUUCCUUGAACAAAUGUUUCCGAAAGGUGGAGAGAAGCCAUGGCAAGGUGAACGGAAAAGGUUCGUUGUGGUGCGUUGAUCCAGAAUAUAAGCCUACUCUUGUACAAGCACUGAAAAAGCAACCUUUUCCCUCGGCACUUGCAUUUUAUACUCCACCAGCAUCACCGCCAAGGUCGUCAUCGCCUCACUACCUAACUUCAGUACUUAAGCAGAGUCAUGGCCGAUCUCUCAAAGAAUCUGAUAUCGAUGCUGCUACUGCAAUGAUGCUGUUAAAUACUUCCAUUGAACAAGGGAUGUUAGACUGUGAGAAACCUCAACCUCUGAAGACACCUAAGAAGAGGAGUUACAGCAGUGCAUUUAAUUCUCCCAGUUCCAUAAAUUUACAAGAAAGUGAUUCUGCAGCCACCAAUAUUGAUCCAAAGGAGGAUCACAAUUACAGUGCUAGCAGCAUGGGUUCACAGCGCUGUGCAUCUAGAUCCAGUGUGUCUUCCUUGUCCUCUGUUGAUGAGGUGUAUGAAUUUAUCUCCAAGAACAGCCAUGCUGGAAGCGAUGGCAGUGAAGGGUUUCACAGUGAAGUGGAUACAGACGUUGACUAUGAAGAUGAUCCUCUUGGAGAUAGCGGCUAUGCAUCACAACCUUGUGUAGAUACCUCUGACAAAAGUCAGCCUAGCAACAAAGCACUCAAGGAUUUAUGUCAAGAAAUUGAUGAGGAGUUGAAAGAAGCAGCAGGGUCUCUGCUGCACCUUGCUGGCGUCCGAACGUGCUUGGGUUCCUUAAUAAGUACUGCAAAGACCCACAGUCACAAACAAAGGAAAAAAUAGUAUGUCUGUCAGUGCUGAAUAUAUACAUAUAUUUUUUUUAAGUGUGGCAAUACUCUUCUACUUUUACCCUUCACAAGGGAGAUCAAAGCCAUAAGAGGACUCAUUUGCUUUUUUAUUUUUUGGCGCUAAUUAUAAUUUAGCCAUUUAUUUUUAAAUCACUGCCUAAAAGAAAAAAAUUAUUUAAUCUUUCGAAAUUAGAAGAGAUGCAUGUGAAAACCUGAAAGCAUACUACUUAAUGAUCACUUUUUUUCUUUUAUUUCUUUUUAAUAAUUGAAUAUUUCCACAGAUAUGUUCAUUCAGAUGCACGCUGUGGAUCAUAUUUACCUCUCUGCCAGCCCUUUCUGCAGAGGUGAAUUUUGCCCUAUCUAAGGGCUCUGACUUCCAUGUAAAGGAUUAAAAAGGAGGAGACAAAAAAAAAAGGGGGGGGGAGGGGAAACAGAUGUCUACAGAGGUUCUGGCCUCGGCUGCCUCCUUCCACUCAUUUCUCUCUUCUGCUCUUCUGAUACAUGUCCUGGGGAACCACUUGUGAAGCAGCUCAGAGUGGCUGCAGUUUUCAGCCCGUCUGACCAUCUCAUACAGUGGUGAAAAAAGUAGCCCUGUAAGGAGCUGCUUCUAGCAAAACAUUAAGUAGUCCCUGCAGAGAGGAAAGGAGGAGCAUAACCCUCCCUGGAAGAGUGGGUAAGGGGUAGCAGAGGUGCGUACCACCCUUAGCUUUCUUAUUUUUCCAAAUCCACCUCCUUCAGGUCAGAUUCCUGAAGGAGAACGGCUUUUUUCAUCUCAAGACAGAUUGUCUUGCGCAUAUGUGUGUGUGUGUUGGGGCGGGUGGCAGAUUUUCGCGCAGAUGUGCAUGCACACACCCCUUGGAUGUUGUAAACACAGUGAAAGCUGCCACUUAACAAAUUUAACGGUGUCCUCAUUCUAUCCCUACUACUGAAUAUUCAGUAGCUGCAUUAGCAGAAGUUCUGCUGCUUGUCCCAGUGCAACACCCACGCUUUUGCUCACUGCAGAAGAGAUUGAUUCAGGAACAAAAGAACACAAAAGUUUGUGCUGUUCACAACGUGAAUGAAGUGGAGGUUUUGGGUGGCUAGAUUGUGAAUGACUAUCUGAUCCAGCAAAAUAGAAUAGCUUCCUUUUUGAAUUGGUGAACCCUGAAUUGUGUUUUUUUUUUUUUUGGGGGGGGGGGCUGCUCCCUCCCCCAACACUGUGGUUAUUGUGACAUUGGCUCUCCAUCCUUUCAUUUCCCAGAUCAGCGUGCCUUGUGCUAUGUGAAUCCUUUUAGCCUCCUGUGAUAUGCUGUGCAUCUAAUAAGCAAGGCCUUGGCCUUGGGGUGUACGUUGUAACUCAGGAGGACCUCUCUGUUCUGAGAAGUUCCUUCAUGAUUCCGUUUUGCAAUAAAAGGAUCUCUUCAUAAUGCCCAGACAUCUUUUGGCCAAAAAUGUUUCAAGGGUAUGGUGAUUUUUUCUUUUAUAGUAAGUGGUGAGUGCUUACAUCUUCCAAUAGAUGAUGGCUUUUCUUUUUUAAGUUUAAGUUUUCUGUGCAAGAAUGGGCACACAGCUCGGUUGGAGUGGGUUUUAACUGUACUGCAAGUAUAAGAAUGCCUUACAUACGCUUUGGAAUGGUAUACAACGAUAAAAAGUCUUCUUUCCUGUCUCUGAAAGGUAGCAUGAUGUGCCAUAAACUUUCUAGCUAAUAUCUUUGGCUGUUGUUUCCAGCAGGUGUUGGGUAAACUAGUUUAGAAUUAGGAACAAGCAGAGCCAGGUAGGAAACCAGUGUCUGCUGUUUUGGUUGUUGAAAACAAUGAUGGAUUCAACCAAAAGUUAACCUUUUACUAAUGGGGUAUUUUUCUGGCUAUUUGGAGGCCUCACUUUCAUAGAUCAGUGUUUUUUUUUUUUCUUAUUUGUCAAUCUCUUCAUGAAUACUGCCAUAAAGUGUCUACUUUAAUAUGAAUACAACCAUGCUGCUGAAGGUCUGUUGCUCUGAGGGCCUGUUUCAGUGCCUCUUGAAGACAAUGGUGGUGCUCCUAGUGAUUUAAUGGUUGUUGGAUCAAGCCUGAGAUAUUUGAGGUUGUUUUGUAGUGUGUUUUGGAAUUCAAAGCCAACUUUUUUUUUUUUUUUUAAGUGCAAAUCCUAUAAAGUGUUCUUUUUUGAUUAUAUCAGUUUUAAGAAUGAUUUAUUUCAUUUCUUGAAAGAGAAGAAAG